AUGUGAAAUGAGGAGGAGCAGCAGUAGGGGAGUGUAAUUCUAGCAGCUCCCAGCAGAAGACUUGUUGCAGUUGUGGUUAUCAUCUUCAGCACUUAACUCCUACUAGCCUGCACUUUAAGAUACUUCUUGGGCUUCAACAGAUCAUAGAGGUAUAGACCUGAGCACCUUGGAAACCCUGAUAUCUCUGAAGAUGACAGCUACAUUUGUAAACAGACUGAUCUUGAAUCAGGUGCUCAGUAAGCACCAUGCUCCUGCAAGGAUCUGCCAGUGGAGAAGACUUGGAGCUAGACAUUGUGUGUCCUACCAACAACAGAAGGUGCAACCAUCUCACCAGGCUGCUGGCUCUCAGUGGGAUGUCCAUUCUUACAUGCCAGAAGCGGCUGCCCUGCCUGCUGUGCAAAGUUACCAAGAACUCAUACAGCUGUCGGUGGACGACCCUGAGACUUUUUGGGGUGUGCUGGCCAGAGAAAGGUUGACUUGGGUUAAGCCAUACCAGACGGUUAAAGACUGUGACUUCACUCAAGGCCGGGUGAGGUGGUUCCUUGGUGGCCAGUUGAAUGUGUCUGUGAAUUGCCUAGACAAGCAUGUACACCAGUGUCCAGAAAGAGUUGCAUUGAUUUGGGAGAGAGAUGAACCUGGGACCCAAGUGAACAUUACAUACAGAGAGCUCUUAGAUACAACGUGCCGAAUUGGAAACACGCUGAAGAAAUAUGGGAUUCAAAAAGGAGACAGGGUAGCCAUUUACAUGCCUGUGUCACCUUUGGCUGUGGCUGCCAUGCUGGCUUGUGCCAGAAUCGGUGCUGUACAUACUGUGGUCUUUGCGGGAUUCAGUGCAGAAUCAUUGGCAGGAAGAAUCAAUGAUGCCAACUGCAAAGCCGUCAUUACGUUCAAUCAAGGAGUUAGGGGUGGACGUGUUGUAGAACUGAAGAAAACUGUUGAUGAAGCCGUCAAGACCUGCCCUUCUGUCAAACAUGUCUUUGUAGCUCAGAGGACUGACAACAAAGUCCACAUGGGUAAUCUUGACAUUCCUCUUGAAGAAGAGAUGUCCAAAGCUGAUACAGUUUGUGUUCCCGAAACCAUGAACAGUGAAGACAUGCUUUUUAUGUUAUACACCUCGGGUAGCACCGGCAAACCAAAGGGCAUUGUACAUACCCAGGCUGGAUACCUACUCUAUGCUGCACUGACACACAAGUAUGUGUUUGAUUAUAAACAAGGAGAUGUGUUUGGUUGCGUCGCUGAUAUUGGAUGGAUAACAGGACACAGCUAUGUUGUCUAUGGUCCUCUCUGCAAUGGAGCUACCACGGUGCUGUUUGAGAGCACUCCAAUAUAUCCGGACCCAGGUCGAUAUUGGGAGACGGUGGAGAGGUUGAAGAUUAGUCAGUUUUAUGGAGCACCAACUGCUAUACGUCUGUUGCUGAAAUAUGGAGACGAAUGGGUGAAGAAAUAUGAUAGGUCAUCUUUGAAAACGUUAGGAUCAGUGGGAGAACCAAUCAAUCAUGAAGCCUGGGAGUGGUUCUACAAUGUGGUGGGAGAGAAGAAGUGUACCCUUGUUGACACAUGGUGGCAAACAGAAACUGGUGGUAUUUGCAUAUCUCCCCGUCCUUCAGAACAAGAUGCUGAGGUUAUACCAGCCAUGGCUAUGAGACCAUUCUUUGGAGUCAAACCUGUUCUCCUUAACGAGUCUGGAAAGGUUAUACAAGGUGGAGAUGUUUCCGGGGCUCUUUGUAUUGCGCAGCCAUGGCCAGGCAUGGCAAGGACGAUAUACGGAGAUCACCAGAGAUUUUUUGAGGCUUACUUCAAAUCCUACCCAGGCUAUUAUUUCACUGGGGAUGGAGCUUAUAGGUCAAAUGAAGGCUAUUACCAGAUAACAGGCCGAAUGGAUGAUGUUAUUAACAUUAGCGGACACCGGCUUGGUACAGCAGAGAUUGAAGACGCAAUGGAUGAGCAUCCAGAUGUGCCAGAAACUGCUGUCAUAGGUUAUCCACAUGAGAUCAAAGGAGAAGCUGCAUUUGCUUUUGUGGUAGUAAAAGACAACCUGACCAUCCCUGAAGAAACAGUUAAAGAAGAGCUAAAAGGCAUCGUAGCUACAAAGAUUGCAAAGUACGCUGUCCCUGAUCAUAUCCUGAUGGUGAAACGACUUCCUAAAACACGCUCGGGAAAAAUUAUGAGGCGAGUCCUGAGAAAAAUUGCAACUGAUCAGACAGACGAUCUGGGUGAUAUAACCACACUGGAGGACCCAAGCAUUAUAACGGAAAUCCUGGAGGCGCACCAGAAGUACAAGACGAAUCAACUAACCAAAUAGGACGCCAAUGUCUUUCAUAUCUACCAAGAGUUUAAAUGGAUUAGGUCAGCAAAGGCAAUUCUGGUUCUCCAAAGCUACUGAAAGGCACGCUUUUAAAGGGAACAUUAGCACCAUUUUAUAUACUGCUAUCUAUUCUCAGAAAUAGCUAUAUAAACGAGAUGCCACGUUGUUUAACAUUCUAUAUUUAUGAUAUUUUUACAUCAUUUUUCAGGCGCUGUAUUAUCUUCUCUGCCAUACCCUGUACAAUUACCCAACUUUGUGUGACUUUACUAUUCAAUAAAUCUUUUAAAGGUUGUGUUAACAUCUAA